AUGAAUAUUAUCACCACGGAUUUGCUGGAAGAGUUAAUCGUGAGGCUUCCCAUAAAAUCUCUGGGAAGAUUCAAAAGUGUGUCAAAAGGAUGGAAAUCGACACUGGAAUCAAAGAGGUUCGUGGAGAGGCACCUGAAUUUUCAAAAAUCAACCCCGAAAAUCCUGACCGCUUACAACUGCGACUGCGGCGUCUCGCCCAGUCUCCUCCGCGAAUCUCGACUAGAAGAGGGCGAAGAGUUAUUCUCUUUGCACUGCGACGCGACAAGACCGUCGAUGAGUUGCGACGGUUUGGUCUGCACCCCCGAAGAAGAGUGUGUAAACGUUUUGAACCCCUCGACGGGACAACUCCAGCGGUUUCAUUCCCCUCCCCUCGUGAGCCGCCGCACUAACUCCACGUUUACGAACGGUACGUAA